AUGAAGGUUAUUCUUGGCUUUAAUACCUUUCAUGUCAAGAAAAGAUUGCUACAAAGUGAUGUCUUAGUCCAUUUCUUAGGGAUGAACUUUGAAGGAGAAAUGGCUUACAUUGAAAAGGACCUAGCACUCUGGGAAGAAGCAAGGCUAGCAAGAAGCCCCACUAGCCCACAUAUUCAGUUAGUUACAUCAAAUCAUCCAGGAAAUCUUCAAGCCACAGUGGGCCAAAAUUCAAGGUCUCAAACUGGGAAAAAUAUUCAGCUGCAGCUACAAGGAAACAAAUCACCACCACUCCCUGCUAACACCAGAGCGCAGGUUUCCAGCAUCUCAAACAAUAGGCCUCAGUCUCCUAAUAUGCAGAACAACAGGCCUUCAACACCGUCAACUCCAGGAAGCAGACCUGUAACCCCAAAUAGUUUGUUGACACGACCUCUUAUCUCUAGCAACCAGAGAAGUAAGGAAGGAAUACAAAGAAGCAGAUCUUUAACGUCUAAGAGUCAAAUUGGGAGGACCCUCGGCACUCCUUCAGGGCUAGCUGUACAAACGAGUGGAGAUGUUCUAGGAACUGUUCCUCAAAGAAUCAGUUUAUCAGAAGAUGAAUUCUUACAUCAAUUUCAGCUUGCCCACCAACCAUGGAUAUUGCCAAGUGACACAGAGAGUGAAAGCGUGGAAGUAGAUCAAGAUAAAUGUUUGUGAAAUCAGUGGGAAUGUUGAAGAAUUUAAUUAAAACAAAAUCACAAUGAUCAAACCUAAACCUGAAGAUCUGUUUUAGUUUAUGUAUAAUAAUUCUAAAUAGUUAUUUUUAUAAUAUCAACAAUACUUCAAGCGAUUACUGUGUGUGAAUGCUGUGAUGCACUGAAUCAGAUUACUAACUAUGGACAGUUAAGUGUCCUUAGGUAAAGAAGGUUUACUGUCAUUUUUGGAUACAUAAUUAGUAUAAUGUAUUUAGUUUAUAUCCCUGUUAUUUUGGAGUGACAUUUGAUAAACUUUGCCUGAUCAAAAACAAUCUUUGCUUAAAUAUUUAUGUAUUUUAUCUUGUCUAAGGUUUUCUACUCCUUAUAUUUUUGUAAUCUUUUCUCAUUUUUUUAGAUUAAUAAACAUUAAAGCAUUCACCCACAUCUACCAAUAGUACACACUAUUCAAGUCUUUCAGAGAGCUAGUUGCUCACCAUAGCCACUUGCAGAGAGAGGCAGAAGGGGGAGAAAGAGACGGGUAUGACAAAGGAAGUGCUGUAGAAAUAGGUGUUGUCUGUGUCACAUAGCUUUGGAUUGAGUUUAUCUACUUCGUUCUUAAAAAAUAAAUACAGGCUCUAUUGAAAUGGAAUUCACAAAUGAGGAAUGAAGCAUGCAUGCCAAAAAUAAAGCACUAAGGGUAUGUCUACACUACCCCGCUAGUUCGAACUAGCGGGGUAAU